CACCACCAGCCCUUCCCGUCACCGUCUUUACCCUCUCCCCGAAAACACUGGCGCCUCCUCCAAACCCACAACGACACCACCAGCCCACUCCCCGGUUGCUAUCGAGGAAGAAAUCCACCCUGCCGCUUGUCGUCGGUCGUCGUCGUGGCGCCAGCAGGAGGAGGAAGGAGGUCGACGUGGGCGGGCCGAGAUUUCAAACCGCCUGUUCCUCCUUUGCCGGCCGGGAUUUUCUUCUUCGUCCUCUCCUUCCCGUCAAGCUCGCAGCGACUGCGAGAAGCAGAGGUGGUGCGGUGGGGUGGUGAGAUUGUUCAAUUGUGAUUUAGGUUUGAAUUUGGAAUAAGGGUAAAUGUAUCCAUUCUCGGUUGCGACGUAAAGAUCCCAUCUUUCGACGCCGUUUCCUCCUCUCCGCCUUGUCUCGUUUGCUUGCUUUACUCCUGCAUCUGAGUUGCAGGUUCAAACGGAAACCCAUCAUUUUGCUGGAUAGAUGAAUGCUUUCGCAGUGUCCUUUUUGUUUGUUGCUUGAAAUUUGAAUUCUCGACGAGGCUUUGGUUUCUGAUCGAACUUUUGCCUCUUCUUCGUUUUUUUUCAGGUAACUAUUCAGGUCAUCCUGCAAGAAAUUGAGUAAUGAAGAUAAAGGAGGGCAAUGCAGGUCUAAUCACAAACUUCGAGCUGCUGCAUUUGCUGAAUUCAAGAGGUGCUGCUAAGGAUACCACCAGAGUGAUGGCUAGUGUGGGACGCUCUGAAUACAAGGUUUAUGAUUAUUUGGUGGGGACAGUUGCCUGCAAUCAAACUAAAGAGCACAUUAAUGAGUUCUUGGAAAAGUCUCAGAAAUUUAAGCUUACCAAAGCUGAGAUUCUGAGCAUCAUCAACACCAGGCCUUCCCAGUUAGUGGAGCUUGACCCGAUCGUUGAGCAACAAGAACAGCGACCAGAACUUGAUAUGGAAGAACUGUUGGAGUUGAUCUUGCAAGUUUUGCCACCUCCUCCAUCUGAAACAGAACCAGAACCUGAACCAGAACCAGUUGAUGAGGACAACAAUAAAACUGCAGAUGCUGAAAAGAACGUUCCCGAUGAGUAGACUAACUGUUCAGGGAUCUUGCCUCUCGAUACAUAGACUGAAAGGGUAUCAGUUGAACUGCAUUGUUAAUUUUUUAUCAGUUGUUGCAACAAGUACAUGUUGCUGAUGUUAGUGAUUGGGUUAGUAUGAUGGAUAACAGCAACAAACCAUGAUCAGUAGGGAUCCAGGCCACUUGUUCUUUUAGUGCAUGCCAGGCUAUAAUAUUACAACAGAAAGCUUUGGACAAUUGUCAAUGUUAUGCUGUAUCAUAUAACAGAUUAUAAUUGCCUGCAAUGCAGUUGUAGCUUAUUUGAUUUAUUAUCAUCUCUUGGAUUACUUGCCUGUUUGAUAUAGCAGAUGCAAAAAUUAUGCUUUCUUGCGCAGGUUAUUGGACUUUGUGUACAUUGUGCUUUUAUAAACUCUGCAUUCAUUCUAGUCUGUGUUUUGGUCUCUGAGAUGCUGCUCAACUUGACGAUGGCUUGAAUGUUCUUUAGUUGGUGUUGUUUUCUCGAGUAGUUUCACCAUCCCCAAAUUUGCUGACCCUGAAUUUCCCCUUGUGAGCCGGUAAAUUAACUUGACACCUCAUUGUGAACCAAGGGAACAUUUGGAGGGCUGAUGUUUUCCUGCAGAUGAAAUUGUUUUAUCAUACAAUUUCCAUGAGCCGACUGACAAGCGAGUGAGAGUCGAUAUUGAGGCAAAUGAUAUGUCGAGAUUGCAAAGAUUUAGAUUUCCAUAGAGAAGGAAAGAUAAACAACUAUUGGAACUAGUUCUACGCCAAUACUCUGAACAGUUUUAUGCCUUCGGCAAUCAGAUUGGUAUUUAUUCAAGGGAUUUGUGCUCUUCUUGACUCUUGUCGUCAGAGUACUCUAAUGUAUUGUGGAAGACAAGAGAAUUGAAACAAUUGUACGGAACUGUACACUGACAACGGUUUAAUGGCAUUUUUCAAGCCGAGAGCUAGGCCCUUUUGAUUGAAACCUGUUGACGCAAGUGGUGUUUUGGCUUUUUAUCAAAUGGAACAUAUGGUUCAAAAGGAUCAAACGUGCCGCCUUUUCACCCCAACACUGAAGUAGCCUACUUGUGAGUAUGAACUGUGAACCCAAAACAUGUCAAUUAACGACUCGUUCGGAAGAAAGAGACCCUUAUUACCAUUCGGCUUUUGGUACCAUUUCCAAAGGAAGAGAAAGGAAUUGGAAGAAAGAAGAAGAAAAGAAACGAAUAGAUAUGCAUAAAUAUACUAAAAUAGUAAAAUCUAU